CAAACUUGUUGAUGAUGGUUCAAAAUUUCGAAAAGCUUUUCAAAUUUCUCUUCAUAUCGCGCGCUCAGUCAAAAAGCAGAGCCAAAGAUGAAGAAACCGUAUAAAGGAAAGUUGCCGACGGGAACUCCGUCUCUGGCAAUGUCAACACUCGUCGUCGUUGCUUCCCUUCUCGCCGGAGCCUCCGUUGUCCACAACAUCUACAAACCAGAUCUCAGUUUACCACCGUUGGAAAGUAGUGAAGUGGCCAAGAAGGAUGAUUCUGUAAACAAAGUUUGAAUCUUUCAAUAGUUUCAUCCUGUUUUAUCAGGCUACAUUCACUUUGGUUGUUCUCUUUCAAUUCAUGAGUUAACAAAAAAACAUGGAUAAAGUUUAAAACUGAGAUCACUUAUUAAAGGCUUUUAUUCUUCUUCCUCUUGUGAAGAUGUAAAGAAGAACAAACUCUUUUUAGGUUUCUUGUUGGUCAAUUCACCGUUUUUUUUAAAGAGAUAUAAGAAA